GAACGAUAUCGAUCUCUUCCAUGCAGAGAGAGACAAAAUAUUGCUGAAUGGGGCUGACACUGGUCGUCCGAGUUAUCUAGAAGAUUAUGAUAACGAGUUUGAAGUAUUUGGGAUGAAGGAGUUUGAAGGCGACAACGACGACGAGGAAGAGGAAGAGUACUAUGACAAUGGGGAGGAAGACGACGAAGGCGAUGAGGUUGAAGAGGAAGAGGAUUAUGCGUCAUCAAGUGGUGCUGGGCCUUCAAAGUCUAAAUCUGGCAAGCCAAACGCGUCCAAACGGCAUCCCGGCAAGGGCGAGCCUGAAGAAGAGUCCAAUUCAGGGGAGGAGCGCUGGGGAAAGAAGUCCGAAUACUAUGUUUCUGCUGCAACUGAUGACAUAGACUCUGAUGACGAGGAGGCUCUCGCCCUGGAGCUGAAUGAAUGCCGCCGUCUGCAAAAGAAGGCAAGGGAGGGGAUCUCGGAAGAUGAUUUUGGAAUCGAGGAAGUCCUGGAUGCCAUCGAACGGGGCCAAGAUAGUAGUGCAGAGGCUCAUGCGCAAGACACACAGGACGUGACGCUUAUCCCACAAAAUAAAGAGUCCUUACUUCGGCAUUUAGAGAAGACGAGCCCAGAAGCGCUUGCUCUGGGGCGAGAGUGGGAAGAUGUUUCGCAAAACCUUCGUAAGGUCGAAUCCGCCAUUGCUCGCCAAACUUCGGAAGACGAGAACGAUCCCCGAUUAGCCCUGGUACACCUACACCACCAAUCUCUCCUUUCCUAUGCUUCUGUCCUUGCUUAUUACUUCUACGUCCGCUCUACACCUGUUUCAGGACCUACUUCUGACUCCCCGACGUAUGCAAAGGACGUUCCGCAAAAAGUUAUUGACCGUUUAUGGCAACUAAAAAAUGCUCUGAGCAUACUAGAAGAUCUAGGUUUCUCUGCUAUUGAUGAUGAUGACGAUGAUGAUGUCCUUGGCAGUCAAAUCUCCGAGGACGACGCUCAACUGGGAGCGAAGCAUCACCUCAGCGAGCAAGAGAUUCAGGCUCUAAUUGCGGAGAUGGAGAAGAACAAGAGCACGAUUGACGCGAGAAAUGAUGCCCACAAACAGCGCCUGAGGCGCGCCCGGGAGAGGCAAGCAGCAAGCUCUAUUCCGGAUGGUGUAAAGAACAAGAGCAAAGUUGUUGCGAAAUCUCCGCCACCGAAGCCCAAAAUUGCCUACGACCUCGAAGAAUCCGAGUUCAUUCCUUCCGAACCAUCCAAACCGUCAGGACCUUCUAACCCACAUCCGUCUUCACCCCCCAUCGAAGAAGACUUGUCGGCCUUUGGCGAAGCUACUUCUCUUGAUCCUCAUAUAGCCAAAGAAAAAGCGGCCAGGAAGAACGCUCUCCAAUUCUACACAGCGAAGAUAGAACGUGGCCAGCGUCGUCGGGAGGGCAAACGACGACAUGCACUGACGGGCGACGAUGAUGUCCCAUAUCAGAAUACAAAAGAGAGACAGUCAUCCAAGAAGCCUGCCGUCGGCGGCAUGGAACUGGGAGGUGAUGACCCUCACCCUGGAGCUCCUAGUGAUGCCAGUGGGGUGGACACCCUGAAUAGCAAAAAGAGGGGUCGGGACAGUACGGAUGGCGGAGCUGUUAAUGCUGAUGUUGAUGGUGACGAGCACCAUGAGCUUGUCAAGCGACAAAAGAGAGAGUCGAAGGAAAAUAAGAGAGCAGAGGUUGAAGCACGCGCUGAGCCUCAACGUUCUGUACCAGAUGAGCAAGGCCCUGAUAGCAAGCCACGAUCGGCCACCACAGCUAUAUUAAAGAACUAUGGCCUAACACCCAAGCGCUCGAACGCAGACCGCAACCCACGCCUCAGGAAGAGACACCAGUACGAAAAGGCAAAAAAGAGAGUAGCACACAAGAAGACGACGUACAAAGGCGGAUUGGCGAGCCUCCCUGGGGGAAGAUACGAUGGCGAGAAGACUGGUAUCACGAAAACUGUCAAAAGUAUCAAAUUUACAUAGUCGUUGCGCAUAUCCUCGUUCCAGGUCGAUAUGGGGUGUUUAUUGGAACAUUGGGAACAUCGAUUUAUUUAUACUGCAAAUCCUGGCAUGUCGUUGAUCUUUUUGGGGCUAAUGCUGUGGCUUGGACCAUGGCACAAAAAAUACAAAUCGACAUUAAUAUGAGGUCUGG